AUGGUCUUAGUGGGAAAAAAGCGCGAGGAGAAUGUUGCUGAGCCUGUGCUAGCUAAUUUGCUGGCUGAUGACCGUACGCCUUGGUACAAGAAGCCGAAUCUGAGACGACUCUAUUUCAUCUUAUUUCUGGCGUGCAUGGGUAUCGAAAUCACAUCAGGAUUCGACUCGCAGAUUAUCAACACGGUUCAGAUUGUGUAUACCUGGAACAAGUAUUUCGGUCAUACGACCGGGAAGACCGUGGAUGGACGCCCCGAGUACGCAAUUGAAGCGAACCUCAAGGGCUUUCUUGGUGCUGCAUACUCUCUCGGGGCUAUUCUCUCCCUGCCUUUUGUCCCAUACCUCAACCAGCGAGUCGGACGACGAUGGACGAUUAUGUUCGGUUCAUGCGUGAGCUUGAUCGGGGCCAUUAUCCAGGGCUUCUCCAAUGGAGUGGCUAUGUAUAUUGUCGCGCGUAUCCUUCUAGGAUUCGGAAUCCCGUUCUGCAUCGUCGCUGGGUCAUCACUGCUAGGUGAACUGGGUUACCCCAAGGAGCGACCGAUUCUCACCUCCCUGUUCAACUCCUCCUACUUCAUCGGCCAGAUCAUUGCCGCAGCCGUGGGCCUGGGAACGGUGACCAUUGCGUCCAACUGGGCAUGGAGAAUUCCAUCCCUACUUCAGAUUGCACCCGCCAUGGUUCAGAUCCUGACGGUGAUGUUCCUCCCUGAAAGUCCCCGAUAUCUGAUCAGCAAAGACCGUUACGAAGAAGCCUUUGAAAUCCUCACCAAGUACCAUGCGGAGGGUGACCGCAGCUCGGUCAUUGUCAAGGCCGAACUGGCGCAGAUCGAACAAACCAUCAAGAUGGAGCUCGAAGAGUCAAAACAAUCAUGGUUGGAUAUGUUCCGUACGGCCGGGAUGCGCCGUCGGCUGUUCAUCUCCGCUUUUCUCGGCCUGUUUACCCAGUGGUCCGGCAAUACCCUCAUCUCGUACUAUCUAAGCGACCUUCUUAACAUGGUCGGAAUCACCGACAGUGUGACCAAGUCCAAAAUAAACAUCGGCAUCGCCUGCUGGGGUCUCGUCUGUGGCACGGCGUUGGCGCUCACAGCGCCACGCUUCAAGCGUCGACCGAUGUACCUCACCUGCGCAAGCUGUCUGCUGUGUGUCUACAUUGCAUGGACUAUCUCGAUGGAGCGCUUCAUAAGCACAAAGGCUCAGUCCGCAGCCAUUCUGACCAUCUUCUUCAUUUUUGCCUACUCCCCCGCCUACAAUCUCGGCUACAACGCCCUAACGUACACGUAUCUGGUCGAGCUGUUUCCUUACAUGGGUCGCUCACGCGGUAUUUCAUGGUUCCAGUUCUUUGGUCGCGGCGCAGGCUUCUUCGCUACUUAUGUGAACCCCGUUGGUCUCGCGCGCAUCACCUGGAAAUGGCUCUUGGUGUAUUGCUGCUGGCUGGCAUUUGAGUUGGUGUUUAUCUACUUCUUCUUCCCCGAAACUGCGGGCCGCACUCUUGAGGAACUGUCGUUUUUGUUCGAAGACAAAGACAAGGCCAGAGAGGUCGCUGCGGUCGUCCACAAACAUCUUGAUGAGGAUGACGAGAAUAAAAGGGCCACGACACAUGUGGAGGUCCAGGAGACCAGGAGCUCCGUUUGA